GGAAGCACAUUUCCUGCCUCCCCAGCUGGGCUGGAUGAGUUCGGAGCUCCCUGCCACCGACGGUCAGACUCCAACCAACAUCCGUGUCCACGGACUGCCUCCGCUGCUGCCCACAGGAGCCAGUGCCCCCUCCUCGUCGUCCAUCAUCAGCCAGCCAGCCUCCGACCCCCAGCCCAGACCUGCGUCCCCCUGCCCACUUCUCCUGAUCCCUCGGCCGCCCACCGCAGAAGGCUGGAGCAGGGACGCCGCUCCGGCCGCCUGUUCCCUUUGGGUCCCCGCGCGAGCCCACGCCGGCCCCUGCUCCCAGCCGAAGCCCUGCCCCUGGACACCGGAUAAGGCCCAGCGCACAGACCCCCUGGUGGACAGCAUGGAGUGUGGCUCACUUCCCCUGGUCAUUGCCCUGCUGCUGGUGGUCUGCAGCCUCAGCUCCACAAGUCUUGCAGAAACAGUCCAUUGUGACCUACAGCCUGUGGACCCUGAGAGAGGCAAGGUGACAUACACCACGAGCCAGGUCUCUGAAGGCUGCGUGGCCCAGGUCCCCAGCGCUACCUGUGAAGUUCACAUCCUCUUCCUGGAGUUUCCAAGCGUGCCGUCAGAGCUGCAGCUCACUCUCGAGGCAUCUGAGCAAACUGGCAUCCGGCCCCGAGAGGUGCUCUUGGUCCUCCAUGUAAACAAGUAUGUCUACCUGAAGCUGCAGGCCCCAGGAAUCCCCCUCCACCUGGCCUAUAACCACAACCUGGUCACCCACCAAGGGUACCUGGGAGUCAACACUAUAGAGCUGCCAGCCUUCACCGUCAAGAGUGAGCUCCACGACUGGGCAGCUACGAAGGGCUCUAUCGCCUCUAUCGCUGAGCUGGACAACCCUGGCAGCAUCCUCCUCCGUCUGGGCCAAGCGCCGAAGCCACUGUCCUGCCUGCCCGAGGCCCGCCUAGACAUGGGCAGCACGCUCGAGUGGCAGCCACGUACCCCGACAUCGGUGUUGGGCUGCCGCUUGGAAGGCGUCGCCGGCCACAAGGAAGCGCACAUCUUGAGGGUCCUGCCCGGCCUUGCUGUCAGGCCCCGGACAGUGACGGUGAAGGUGGAGCUGAACUGCACAUCGGGGGACCCCGACGCCAUCCUCAUCCUUCAGGGCCCACCUGAAGUAUCCUGGCUCAUCGACACCACCCGCAACAUGCAGAUCUGGACUACUGGUGAAUACUCCUUCAAGAUCUUCCCUGCGAAGAACUUCCCUGGCUUUAUGCUCCCAAAUACUCCCCAAGGCCUACUAGGAGAGGCCCGGAAGCUCAACGCCAGCAUCGUGGCAUCUUUUGUGGAGCUCCCUCUGGCCAGUGCCGUCUCACUUCGGUCCCCCAACUGCGGUGGCGGGCUGCAGACCUCACCAGCACCAGUCCAGACCACCCUUCCCAAGGACAGCUGCAACCAAGAGCUGCUCAUGGCCUUGUUCCAGCCCACAUGCUCCAAUGACGUCAUGACUCUGGUACUCAGGAAAGAACUUGUCUCGGCUCUGCAGUGCACCAUCACGGAACUGACCUUCUGGGACCCCAGCUGUCGGGCUGAAGAUAGUGCUGACGAGUUUGUUCUGCGCAGUACUUACUCCAACUGUGGCAUGAAAGUGACAGAAAAUGUGAUCAGCAAUGAGGUGGUCAUCAAUGUCCUGUCGAGCACAUCACCACAGCGGAAAGAGGUGCAUUGCAUCAAGAUGGAAAGCCUCUCCUUCCAGCUGGGCCUCUACCUCAGCCCACACUUCCUCCAGGCCUCCAACACCAUCGAGCUGGGGCAGCAGGGCUUUGUGCAGGUGAGCAUGUCCCCGCUGGUCUCCGAGCUUGUGGUCCAGCUAGAGAGCUGCCACCUGGACUUAGGACCUGAGGCAGACACCGUAGAACUCAUCCAGAACCAGGAAGCCAAGGGUAGCUGUGUCAGCCUACUGUCCCCAAGCCCUGAUGGUGACUUGCGCUUCAGCUUCCUCCUCCGUGGGUACAUGGUGCCCACACCCAAGGCUGGCACCCUCAGCUGCACCAUAGGCCUGCGUCCCACGACCUUGUCCCAGGAAGUCCAGAGGGUUGUCUCCAUGCGCCUCAACAUCAUCAGCCCUAGCCUCACUGUUGCAGACAAAGGCCUCGUCCUGCCCGCCGUGCUGGGCAUCACCUUUGGUGCCUUCCUCAUUGGGGCUCUGCUCACUGCCGCGCUCUGGUACAUCUACUCCCACACUCGUCCCCACGGCAAGCGGGAGCCCGUGGUGGCGGUGGCUGCCCCGGCCUCCUCAGAGAGCAGCAGCACCAACCACAGCAUCGGGAGCACCCAGAGCACCCCGUGCUCCACCAGCAGCAUGGCAUAGCACCCAGCCUGAACCCCUGGGGGCCGCUGACAGCCCUCGCCCAGCAGGAGAGACUGAGCAGCCACCAGCUGGGAACCAUUGGCCACGGACUCAUCCUGGGACCCCAGCCCCUCCGCUCAACCAAGGAUGGACCACACCCUCUGCACCCGCUCCUCCCGCCUCCCUCAGUCGACUGCUGCCAGCGGGGGCACCGGCUUGGAACACCUUGGGGUCACCCCGCCCCACCUCACAGAACCUUCAAACCCAGUGGGUCUGGGGUACGGCUGCCCAGGACCAGAGAGACCACAGCCCUGUAUGUCCACGUUUUUGUAGAAACCUGAGUCCCUGUCAUUUUAACCCAGAUCCACCACUCACUGAAGUGGGCUGAGUGGGAGAUGAGAACUUCAACCAGACUCAGUCCGGCCCACCCAGGCCCUGAUGGCACCUCCUCUGUGGGAACGGGAGAGGGUCCAGACCAGAGCCACGUGGAUCUGAUUCCAGCAGCCUCUACACCUGUACCGGCACAGCUCGGUGGGGGAAAAAGAAGCCUAGGGGUCCCCAGCCUGGGAGGCCAGAGGGCGGCAGUGGGGAAGGCCUUAGCUUCUCCCUGCAACUGUCACAAAGAGACCCCCUCCCCCACCUCAGGUGGGCAGGAGAUGUGGAGUGGCCAAUCUGCCUGCCUGGGACCCACCCCUGUAUACUCACCACCAAUAAAUCAGACCAUGAAACAA